AUGUUGCUCCCAGCCCCCGCGUGCCACCUCCCGGGACUUCUGCUGCUGCUCUGGCCGCUGCUGCUGUUGCUGCCCGCCGCCGCUCCUGGACCUUUGGCCCACGCGAGUGUCCGCCGACUGGGGACACGUUUCCCCGUGGGCAGCCCGGGGCAUCUCCCUGCUCUGGCGACUCCCACCAGAGAACCUUAUUCUGGGGCCCGCGGUGCAGGUGUUUGCAAGAGCAGGCCUUUGGACUUGGUGUUUAUCAUCGAUAGUUCUCGUAGUGUCCGGCCUCUGGAAUUCACCAAAGUGAAGACCUUUGUGGCCCGCAUCAUUGACACCCUGGACAUCGGGGCAGCUGAUACGAGGGUGGCUGUGGUGAAUUAUGCCAGCACUGUGAAGAUAGAGUUCCAGCUCAACACCUACUCAAACAAGCAGGCCCUGAAACAGGCUGUGGCCCGGAUCACACCCUUGUCAACAGGCACUAUGUCAGGGCUGGCUAUCCAGACAGCGAUGGAGGAAGCCUUCACUGUGGAGGCAGGAGCUCGGGGGCCCAUGUCUAACAUCCCCAAGGUAGCUAUCAUUGUGACCGAUGGGAGGCCCCAGGACCAGGUGAAUGAGGUGGCUGCCAGGGCCCGGGCAUCUGGUAUUGAACUGUAUGCUGUGGGUGUGGACAGGGCAGAUAUGGAGUCCCUCAAGAUGAUGGCUAGCAAGCCCCUGGAAGAUCAUGUGUUCUAUGUGGAGACCUACGGAGUCAUCGAGAAGCUUUCCGCUAGAUUCCAGGAGACUUUCUGUGCUCUGGACCCGUGUGUGCUUGGCACACACCAGUGUCAGCAUGUGUGCAUCAGUGAUGGUGACGGCAGGCACCAUUGUGAGUGCAGCCAAGGGUACACCUUGAACGCCGACCGGAAAACAUGUUCAGCUAUCGAUAAGUGUGCCCUCAACACUCACAGAUGCGAACAGAUCUGUGUGAACGACAGAAACGGCUCCUACCACUGUGAGUGCUAUGAAGGUUACACCUUGAAUGCAGACAGAGCCACGUGUGCAGCUCAGGAUAAAUGUGCUUUGGGUACACACGGCUGCCAGCACAUUUGUGUGAACGAUGGAGCCGGGUCCCAUCACUGUGAAUGCUUUGAGGGCUACGCUCUGAAUGCAGAUAAGAAAACAUGUUCAGUCCGAGACAAGUGUGCACUGGGCACUCAUGGCUGCCAGCACAUCUGUGUGAGCGAUGGAACGGCAUCCUACCACUGUGAUUGUUUCCCUGGCUACACCUUGAAUGACGACAAGAAGACGUGCUCAGACAUUGAGGAAGCACGAAGCCUCAUUUCCAUAGAAGACGCUUGUGGCUGUGAAGCCACUCUGGCAUUCCAGGAGAAGGUCAGCUCCCAUCUCCAGAAGCUGAACACCAAACUUGACAACAUUUUGAAGAAUUUGCAAGUUAACUGA